GAGGCGGCAACGGCGUCGGCGCCGCUGGGGGAGGCGGCGGGGGCGGCCGGGAAUAGCACGGGGCAGCUGCAGCCCUGCGGCCGCAGGCAUCCCGUGUCCUCCCCUGCACCUGAAACAGCAGCAGGAGCAUCGCGACCCGGCGCGCUGCUUCUCGCAAGCAGACAAUAUUAUUGUUGAAGAUUACUCAGAUGCCUUCCGUCCAUUCCCUGCCUCACAUGCUAUGUCAUGCAAGCUUUGGAACACUCAGAACAUAAUUUAAAUGAAUGACUAAUUUGGCAAACAUAAUGGAAGGCACGCAUACCGUCCUUCAAUUGCACAAACCCAUUAUGGAGCUUUGUUACAUCAGCUUCUAUCAUCCAGAGGGGAAAGUCAGAGGAUUCACUUACAAGGGCUCUGUAACUCUGGAUAGAACCAGUAAGCGUUUCUGUAGCUGCUAUCAAGUAAGGGAGAGGUUAGACAUGGACCUGAGAGAACAGCCAUAUGAAAACUUUGGAGAUAUUAUUUUCAAGCAAACUACCACAAAAGACCUUCUCAAUGACCUGUACAAACUAACUGCUGAAAAGGAAAAACUGUUAUCCAGUGUUUGGAGAUCGCAUCAUAUUCCGGACCUUAAGGCAGGACAUCAGGAGGAAAAGCGACAGGAUGCUUCCAGAGUCCUGAAACGUAGAGGUGAUAAUUACUCCAGUCUUACACAUCAGCAGGAGGUAUUUCUGGAUUCCACAAAGAGAGGCAGUUUGAAUCACAAAAAAAUGAGGAAAUACAGAAGGAAAGAGAGCUUUGAGGAGAUCAGCCACCGGAAAGAGGGAAAAAAGAUACAUGAACAUCUCUUUUUACUGAGUACACAAGACAUGCAACAGAAAAAUAAGAAGAUGGUCUCCACAAGACUUCCUACUAGGAGUUAUCCCAGUUCCUUUUCUCCCUCCAGCUGGCUGACAGUAAAAGGUAAGGAUAAUUUACCAGUAGACAAUAGAAUACAACCAGAAAGGUGGACAGAAGAGGGGUAUUUUCUUAAGAGCAACAAGACUGUGAAAUUGGAUGCUGACUUACCAAGUUCUAGCUCAAAAGGCAUCAAUGACGUUGCAGUUGAACUGAUGGAUAAUGGAGAAUGCAUUCCUGAAGUUGCCAAGGUACAGCAGAGGAUCACUUUGGUGAAGUCAUCUCUGUGCAGUCUGUCUAACAAACUUGGGACAUUAAGUAAAUCUGCAGCUGCUAAAAGCUUGAAAAGUAGCAAGUAUGCUGAGCCAGUAUGCAAGGAGAAACCAGGAAUCACAGUUGUUGCUGAAGUCCAGGAUUUAGACGCUUGUAUUAAAGAAGUUACCAACCCCCCUGCAGAGUCUUUACCUGAUUCUCACAGAGAUAAUGAAACCAUUUCUCCUGUUCUCACAACAGCACAUAACGAGUUUAUAUCAAGAACUAAUGUAUACUCCGUAGAUGAAGCUGCUGGAGACUCUAAUAACAGUGUGCUGCAGGAAAAGGAGGAAGACAGCUCUGGUUUGCAGUACAAAGCAGAGAGAGUGCACAUUACUGAUGAGUCAUGCAACCUUGUGGGAGCAGUUAAUAAAGCUCUCCUGAAAGUUAUCCGGAGCGACAGUUUAGAUGAAGCUGCAGAAUGGAAGAGACUGCAACAAAUUACAAGAGUAGACAGAAACCUGCCAGGCUCACUAUAUGAGAAAAGGACCACGGUAUCCCGGGGAAACAGCAAGCAUUUAUUUUUGAACCUGCCUACAAAUGAAAGUCCUGAUAUUCCUCAGACAAGUAAUAAUCUUAAACUGGAAGAGAAAAGGCUGCAUUCACCCCCAUUAGCAGCAGUGAGUAAUGUUUUUAGUAAUUCAUAUUCACUAUCUAACUCACACAAACAAAUGUCACCUAUUCCUUCUCCGUUAUCUUCAAGACUGCCUAGCCCGCAGCUGCAUCACCGGAUCCUCCCGUUACCAGCACAGAGCACAGAGGACGAAUCUAUGUUCAGUGACUAUGGUCAUGGAAGACAUGGUGCUAUAAACUUCUCCUUCAGUGAUUUGGAGCCACAGUUUUAUCUGAAGUUUUCUGAACCUGGAGAAUUGGGAUUUGCCCCCAGACAACGGGGCCUACAUCAGAAUGCGACUGCAGGACAUUUUGAAAAGUGUGCUGUGCAAGAAAAAUUAACUACUCAGACACAGCAGAAUUUCUGUCCAGCAGAGUCUGCUUUAAAGGAUGACUUCACUGAACAGCUGACUAAUUUGGAUGUGGCAAACAGAGAUGAAGAUACGUGGGUUCUGGAUUGCAGACUGGGGCACUCAAACUCGUUUCCUCAUUCAAGUGAGAAAGAGAAGAUCAACAGAAAUGUGUUGCAUCUGAGCCUGGAACUGAAUCCUGACCUGAGUCCCUCAGAGCAAGAUGACAAGACUCCAGGGAGACUCCAGACUGUCUGGCCACCACCAAAAGCAAAGCAUGAAGAAGUAAAAGUAGGAUUAAAGUACACAGAAGCAGCUCACCUAAAGCUUUACGAGGAGGGACCACCAGAGUACCAAGCUGCCAUUCUGCAUUUAAAGAGGGAACACAAAGAAGAAAUUGAAACAUUAAAGUCCCAGUUUGAACUCAGGGUAUUCCAUAUUCGUGGAGAACAUGCUGUAUCAACUGCUCAGCUUGAGGAAACCAUUGCACAUUUGAAGAAUGAACUUGAUAAUAAGUUAAACAGAAGAAAUGAAAAAGCAAAGGAUAUUGGUGUUUCUACUGAAGAUGAUAACCCACCAAAGGCAUACCGAAAUGUAUGUAUACAGACUGACAGAGAAACUUUCAUAAAGCCUAGUGAAGAAGAAAACAGAGCUGUGAAAAAUAACCAAAUAGUACCCAAAAAGCUUAAUAUUUCUUCUUUGACACAUAGUAUAUCUGCCCAAAGUGAAAAUAAGGACAAUUACAAUGUACAGUCACCAGAAGGUGUCUUGUCUUGUCAAACAAAACAAAUGCUGCCUCCUCCUCCUCCACCACCACCACCACCACCUCUUCCUCCCCUUCCUGAUUCUUCACUGUCAUCUUUAGUUCCUCUACCACCACCUUUGCCAAUGGGUCCGACUUCACUGACACCUCAGUUUGGAUCUGAUCCACCACUGCCACCUCCACUUUCUGAAGGCUGUAGGAAUUUUCAAGCACCACCGCCACCACCACCGCUUCCAGGGCUGGGACCUCCUGUUCCACCUCCACUGCCUGGAUCUGGGUUACCUCCACCCCCUCCACCUCCUGGGCCUGGGUUCUUCUUUAAUAGCACUUUAUCUUCAAACCGAGGUCCUCGAAAACCUGCCAUUGAACCUGGCCGUCCCAUGAAGCCUUUGUACUGGACACGAAUACAAUUGCAAGAUAACAGGAAAACUGCUAUGCCAACAUUAUGGGAAUCACUGGAAGAACCUGAUAUACUUGACACUACUGAGUUUGAAUAUUUAUUCUCCAAAGACACCACUCAGGAGAAAAGAAAACCGUUAUCAGAGACUUACGAAAAGAAAACCAAGGCCAAAAAGAUUAUCAAAUUGCUGGAUGGAAAGCGGUCUCAAACUGUAGGAAUUUUAAUAUCAAGUUUGCACUUGGAGAUGAAGGAUAUUCAACAAGCUAUCUUGUGUGUUGAUGACUCCGUAGUAGAUCUGGAAACACUGGAAGCACUGUAUGAAAAUAGAGCACAAAAGGAUGAACUGGAGAAAAUCAAGCAAUAUUAUCAGACUUCAAAAGAGGAGGAACUGAAGCUUCUGGAUAAACCAGAACAAUUUCUAUAUGAGUUAUCUCAAAUCCCCAACUUCGCAGAACGAGCUCAGUGUAUUAUCUUCCAGUCGGUUUUCUCUGAAGGGAUAACAUCUGUGCACCGGAAAGUAGAUAUUGUAACUCGUGUUUCCAAGGCUUUGCUGAGCAUGACAAGUGUAAAGGAAAUUUUGGGUUUGAUUCUGGCUUUUGGAAAUUAUAUGAACGGAGGGAAUAGGACCCGAGGUCAAGCUGAUGGAUUUGGUUUGGAAAUACUCCCCAAACUAAAGGAUGUCAAAAGCAGAGAUAAUGGUAUUAAUCUUGUGGAUUAUGUCGUCAUAUAUUACCUACGCCAUUGUGAUAAGGAAGCAGGAACAGACAAGAGUAUUUUUCCUUUACCAGAACCACAAGAUUUUUUCCAGGCCUCCCAAGUUAAAUUUGAAGACCUAAUAAAAGACUUAAGGAAACUGAAGAGAGAUCUAGAAGCCUCUGAAAAGCAGAUGAAAUUAGUUUGCAGAGAGUCUUCUGAAGAGCAUCUCCAGCCCUUCAAGGAGAAAUUAGAGGAAUUCUUCCAGAAAGCUAAAGAAGAACGGAAAAAAGAAGAGAACAGUUUGGAAAAUGCUCAAAAAUGCUUUGAAGAAACAGUGGGAUACUUUGGGAUAAAGCCAAAGCCUGGCGAGAAGGAGAUCACACCAAACUACGUUUUCACGGUGUGGUACGAAUUCUGCAGUGACUUCAAGACCAUUUGGAAACGAGAAAGCAAAAGCAUUUCCAAGGAACGAAUUAAAGUCGCUCAGCAAUCAGUGAGCAAGUUAACUGCAGAGAAGAAAGUUGAAACGAAGAAAAUCAAUCCUACAGCUAGCCUGAAGGAAAGACUACGUCAGAAGGAAGCCAGUGUGACUGCCAACUGAAAGAAGAAUGAAAACAAUGGAGUGAUUUCAUACCUUGCAUGAUGCUUUACUACACCCAUGGCCCAAGAAGCACCUUAUGUUAGAUACUGAAUUCUGCUUUGCUGAUCUAUCCCAGGGCAAUCCAUUAAAGACUUUUGAGUUCCUUCAGAGGGGUUUGUAUGUAUGGUCAAUGGAGGGAAUUCUAAGAAGGCUUUUACAUGGGAAGUCAAAAUUAUUUUCUGUAACUCUUCCUUACAUUGCUUAAAAUGCAUCUUGUUGUUAAUGGUUAAUUAAAAUAUUCUGUGCAUAAUGUAUUAAUAUGGAAGAGCUAAAAUGAGCAUUUUGGAUGCUGAGUUAAGUUAUGACUAACAACCUGUAGGUUAUUUACAGGGCUUUAUGUAGAUGAAAGCAAAUAUGCCAUUCAGUUCACAAAGGUCUAUUGCAUCAUGCUUUUUGUUACUUCAGCAGUAACUGAGGUAAAAUUGACUGAUUCUAAACAAUUUUACAGUAUCUAAGUAUUGGAUACAUCUUUCUAAAACUGAUUAAAUGUAAUUAUAGAUUCAUGCUGUAUUUUACUAUAAAUAUUUUUAUAGAAACUUCAGCUUAUGCCAUUCAUUGAAAUGGGAACAAUAUUUUGCACAUAAAAAGAAAUAUUCAAAUUCUUUAGUUUUAUGAUUGAUGGCAUAACUGAUCUAUUAUUUUUAUGGUUUUAAUCUAAUAUUUCCUAAAUUUUGAGCUUCAAAAGAAAAAAUGAUAAAAUGUAUAUUUUUAUUUCAGUAUAUAUUGCAAAUAUCAAUUCCAUAAAGUGAUGAGCUAAUAGGUCAUUAUUCAUUAAGAUACAAUAAUAUCUCUCCAUGAAGUUACACAUUUGCCAUUAAAUAUUUAACUUUUAAUUCCAUUGAAAGCUUGCUUUUAAACAGCAAAUAUCUCACUCUAAAAUACAUUAUGCAGCCUGCUCUUGUCCCCCUAUAUUUGUAUGAAGAAUGUGUCCAGCAUACCUAUAUAUUUAUAUACAUAUAUACUUAUAUAUAUAUAUACAUAAUAUAAUAAGUAAAACUUGAGAAAGAAAUAACAGGGUCUUACUGUCCUCCUGUAACAUUAUAACCAUUGCCAUAAAGUAGCAGAGCCUGAAAAUAACCCUGCUGAAUAUCUACCAUUACUUGAAGAUUUUUACUGCAUUUUAAGGAUUUGGAUUCUCAGGAGGAGAAAUCUUGAAGCAAAAGUUAAUUUAAGGUAAAACAGAGAAGUGAUUCUGCUUGCUGUCCACAAGAGAGAAACUGACUUUAUGAUAAUGGUGUAUGAAGUUGGUUACAAAGAGAAAUUAGGUGAAGCAAAACGGUGCAAAAAGCUAUUAGGGGAAAACCAUUAGGCCUUUUCUUUGAAACAGGAAGGAAUAUACAUGAGACAGACAUCAGUUAUCGUACAGCAAAUUUGAUAGAGAGACUGAGAUGAAACCUAGGCAAAGUAAUCCCUAGCAGUGUACAUUUAUAUUAAGGAAAAUAGCAGUUGUGGAGACCUAUUCAUAAAUUAACUUGAGAUUUCACUGCAGGUUUCUUAAAUUAGUAUCUCUCUCAUUCCUGGAUAAAUAAAAACAAAGGACUCAAGAUUCUCUUGUAGGUUUGGGAGUUCCUACCUGCUUCAGGUAUACUCAAGAUGUGUAAGAAUCUUAUGAUUCUUAUGAAAGCAGUCAAUAUUGUGCCAGCAAAAAUAAUUUGAUUUGUAGUUUGACUAGUCCCAUUGCAGAGAAAAAAAAUUCCAAAGAUUUAAGUAGUCUGUCUUCCACUAACUAGGUGAAGUACAUUUCUUUCAAAUACUAUUAGUGAUAAACAAGAGGAGCAAUAAUGCCUUUAAAAGCCAAAGAACAAUAGCAAGCAAGGCAAUUCUGAUGAGUGUUUAAGCAAACAGUGUUUAUUUUUGAUACAGUUUUCUAUCUAUCAUGAAGAUAGUGUAUAUUGCCAUUUGACUUGACUGAGGAUUUUUCAAUGAAGUGUUUUACUUGACGUUCAACAAGAGCAGCACUGUUUGUGAAAAAGGAUGGUCUUGAAAAUUCCUAUUACAAGUAUAUUGUGGAAAAAAGGUUUUAACUUAUUGAAAUAUCCUGUUUCAAAAUUUCUAAAUGUGAAUUUUCAUUUUUCAGUUCAAAUUGACUUCAUUUUAAAAUGUUGAAAAGUGUAUAUAAAAAGGGAUUAAAAUUAAAAUUAUUCAUUUAAAGCAUUCCUUGAUCAGAUUUAUAAUUCUUUUUUCAGAUUAUCAAUUUGCGUAGGUUUUGCCAAUUAAGGCUAUUUUUUAGAAGAUUCAAAACUUAUAUAGCACAGGACCUUGUUUCUUCGUAAUUUUCAAUUUUAUUGAUUUUCCUCUCGUCAGAGUUUCUGAUUCCAGCUUCACCCAUGACUUAAAUCCUUUACUGCUAGUUAAACUAUUUUUAAAUCAAUAGAAGAAUACACCUAGACUGUUUGACUCAUUCUCUUAAGACUUUAAGACUCCUGGAUGGAAUUCAUCAGCUAAAUAUCACACUUACCCCCCUUAGUGAUACCCACAAGGGUCUUCAGACAGUGAUUGAAGCCACAAUGGUAUAUCUGCUGGCUUUAACUAAAAUUUUGUAUUGGAGAGGAGAUAUUUACAGAUAUAUAUACAUAACCUGUUUAUUUAUGAAAUCUGUAGAUGCUCCAGGCAUAACAAAUAUGCUUCAACCAGCGUUCAUCUUGGGGUCACCAAGUGUCACCAAACGUUAUGUUUUAAGCUUUAAGCUUUAGUUUGAUGCCUCACUUUACCUUGAGCUUCCUAGUUUGGGGAGAAUAAAAGGAGAGAAGGAGAAAAGAAAGAAACUAUAAAGAUGGAAUGGAACAGAAGUCUCUGGUACAUGCCUAAAUUGCUGUCAAGGAAGUAAAAGUGAAGAGUGGACUCAAGCCAAGCAGCAAUAGCUAGACAGGUACAAUCUUCUGGUCUAUGUAACUUAAAAUACCUCUACACUUCACAGAAGUCUCUUCUGUGACCAUGAAGUAGAUGUAGCUUAAGAGGGGGAAUUUUGUUUUGUUUUCACUUCUUCUGUUACUGCCAAGCUUCUCAAAGACUGCAAAGCAAAGCACUAUUAAAACCCAUGUUACUCAUUAGGUGCUUAUUACCCACAAAAAUAAUAUACAGUACUGAUUUAUAAAUCGAAUUAUUAGGAAGAAUUCUGUCUAGGUGAGUAGAUAAUAAUCUGUUAAGUGUCCUUUACAUUAUUUACAACACUACCACUUGCUAGUUUUAAAAUGGAAGACCUUUUAGUGUCUUCGAGAUCUUACAAUAGAAACUAUUUUUUCAUUAUGAUUUUACUAAACUUUGAAAACUACCCAGGUGUUUUGCCAUGACUAACCCAUGCAAUUGUUUUGCCUUGUGUUUUAUCAUAGGGUUGUAAAUGUAUAGAUUGAAUUUUAGACUUUUAUAUUUAACUUAGAAUUUUUUGCAUUAAAACAGAAACUGUGAUCUUCAGUUUUUAUAUAUAUAGAAAUUUAAAGUAGAAUAGGUGGAAUAUUCAGUAAGCAGAGAUAAAAAUAACUGAGGAUCUUAAACACUUGUAGGAAGGAUACAUUUUUUGUAAGAUUUCAACCUUUCUGAAUUGCUGAGGAUAUCUCCUCCAACCAGAUAUAAACAGCCAGGGUAUCUCUGACCAGUCUGGCUUUUUCUCGCAUGAAACAUGAAUAAAGUAUUUUGUUUUCCAUGUGGUGGAGAGGGUUCUUAUUACCCUUAUUUUCCAGUAAAUUGACAGCAGUUCUUUUCUUAGAUCUGAAUAUCUUUCCCAGCUGAACAUGGGGCAGUGGAAGACUGUGUAACACUUAUUUAGUAAUACUAUUUCUUCAUUGCUUCAAGUCACUAUCUUAAAAACGGGUGCCUUAAUCUUGUGUGAAUGUGGAAUUUCAGAAACACUGUAUAAUUUAGAAAUAUUCAUCUCCUCCAUCUGUGUUUAGGCACCCAUCUGAGCAUGCAAUUUCAGAAAAUCAUGUUCACCUAGUUUUUGCCCCUUCUUGGCCUUGUCUCAGUCUUGUUCAAUAUUGUUGUGGAUCUUGCUUUUCUUUUUUUUUUUUUUUUUUUUUUCCUUCCUUUAACACUUUUGGAAUUUAUUAAUGCCAGUUAGAGAAUUUCAGGAUUUCCAGUCUGAAGAGUUCUCUUUGGCAUUCUUCAUUUGAAGGUAAGCCUAUGUAUUUGCAUAUAAAUAUAAAGAAAAUUUAAAAAGAAAGUUAACUUGAUUAUAGUCAAUAAGUUACUUCAAAGAGAGAAAAAUACCAGGAACUACAUGUUUCGUUGCACCAACAAGGAAAAAUAUAACAAAACAGUAUAAAAAUCAGAUAAAAUUAGCAAUGAACUAUUAGUAUUGAGGCUGAUAACCACUGGAAGAAGUUAGCAAAGAUAGCUGUGGUUUCUUCAUUUUCUGAUGUUUCCAAAUCAGGAUGGAACAUUUUUCUGAAAGGUCUGUGUAGUCGAAUAUAGCUUAUUUGGCUCAAGUGUAGCCAAGUUGCAUCCCCUAUCCAUUGAUUCACGUGUUCCAAUAGUUCCUCUAGACAGAAAAACGUAAUAAUAAGUAUGUAAAAGACUUAAUAAAGUAUUUUUCCUAUCAGUAAUGAAAUAUUCUUAUCUAAGAUGAAAGAGCUCUGUGUUGUGAUUUUGAAAUUAAAAUACUGCACAUAGUGUGGUGUAGAACAACAUAAUGCAGGAAACCACUGUCAAAUUAUAAAUAUUUAUAUUACAAGUUAUUAAUAAUUAACAUUUGUUGGAGGCAUCUUACAGUAUUAACAAGACAGCAGACUUGUUUGCUCUGAAAUUCAACACCAUUUUGGAGAUUCCCAAGCUAGGUCUGAGAAAACUGGCAUUUUGGAUUCCACAGUGAGAAAUUCCAGAAUCAUAGAAACCCUAGUUCCUUAGUAGUCAAAGGUUUGAGCAUAUGCAAGAGACUUUACCUUGGGUACAGUUAGCAUGGUGCCAGAUUUAAAUAAGUGUCUCUCCUGUUAGUGAAUUAUUAGAUAUGACCUGCUGAUACCAUUACCAAAGAUUUCCACUGCUCAGUAGGGUUUAAACCGUAAGAAUUUUAUCCAACUAUUUUAGAGAUCUAAAGUUCAGAAGUUGUGCAAGCAAAACUGGUAGAACUCUUCAAAAAUACUUGGGUUUGCAAGUUUUUUUCAAAAUGCCUGCAAGAUCUUUCUCUUGUGUUUUUUUUUAAACAACUUUCUCAAUCUAAAAAUAUUUUUUUAACAACGUUACUAAAAUUGAUUCUUUUCCACUUGUUGAAAAUGUGGUACACCUAAACAAUACUAUCUUACAAAAUUUUGCAAGCUUCAACUGGAUUGAAAUGAUUUUGAUAUGAUACCUCAUAGAAUUCAAGCUUUUAAAUUAGGACCUGUUAGUGAAAUUUAGGCACUGUAUAUAAGAGAAUAUAUGUUUUAAGCAGCAAUGAAGUAAAAAUGCUGAAGAGUGACAGAGUGCUCCACCUUCCUGGGAGGACAUUAUCAAGUGACAUAACCUUUGCCUAGUGUGGAACAGCAUUGCAUUUCCUGUGAUUUCCUUCUACCAGGUGUCAUCUCAGACUAAAUUAAAGGCUGCACUUUCUUUUUUUUUUAUUAGAUAUUUCUGGUUAAUUUCAUUUCAUACUAUUUCACCUCAAUUUCACCUUCAACAAGCUAAUACUGAGUUAAUAAGAAGCUUUUUUAUAGAGGCUGAUAGUGCUUAUGUAUGCAUGCAGUUUUACUUACGUAUGUAUUCCUCUGGCCCACACAGUAAAAAAUAUCCAUAGAGAACACCGUGGGGUCAUGGGACUGGAUAAAAUCUUUUAGAAUCCUGUUAGGAAAACUGUACUGAACUCUCCCAGUCUGGGACAUGAUUUCUUUUCUGUGGUAGGAUCUGCCUGCAAAAGUUUUGGUGUUCUUUUGGAGGAAGGAGAAGGCUGUUGUCAUGGCAUCCUUGCUUUAGCCAUCAAUUUCUAACAGUAUGUUUUUCAGGACUUAACACUGCAGAAUUCCCUGAGCACAGAUUGCCCCGGGGGACUCCUGGAAGGGAGGCUGGAAAAUAAUGUCAAUGGUUGAUUUUCAAAAGGGAAAGAGAUCAUAUCCGUAUUUCCAGAUUAAGUUCAAAGCUAGCAGCUAAAAGCUAAAAGCUAGCAAAAAUUUUGUAGAGUUGUAUGUAUCUACUCAUUAGGUUCUACAGAUUUCAGAAAUGCUGCAUUCAUGUAUGUGAACAUCAUUCUGUGCCUAUUACUGAUCAUAUGAUUACUUGAUAUGAGCAGAAUCCCUUAUAUAUUCUCUUUUAUUUUGCUGUGACCAGUAAAGUAUUGACUACAAAAACCACUGAAAGAGCAAUCCAUCAUCAGAGUCCUGACAGACAGCUGUGUUUGAGGUUUCCCACUGUUGUCCUAGCAGGAACAUUCAUAUUUUCCUAGAGAUGAGUUUAGCUGCCAUGAGAUCUGCCCUCUCAGCCUCUCUUAAUCAUAAACUAGUACUUGUGUCAUAGGGCCUGAUAAAAUUCUGUCGUCACUGAUAACUAUAGUCUUCACUGCAGUUAGAAGUUAACUGGGGCACAAAAUAAUACUAAAAAUGUCAGGAUGUUUUUGUGAUAGACAUUAAACUGUAAUGUAUUGGGUAAUCUCAAAGACCUGAAGAGUACUGACAGACUGAGAUUCAUGUCCUGUAUUGGUACCGACACAUGGCAUCCUCAGAGGAGAAGUUCAAGUGACUUUAGAAAAAGGACCUGUAAUAUCUGUUCACUGGUUGAUAAUGUUCCUUUAAUUUUUUUUAAUCUUCCACAAGAUGAUUUUUCAAUCUCUGAAUUAUGCAUUUGAGUACUUUAAAUGGUAUAUUUUCUCUCUGACUUCUCCCAGAGGGACCAAGCUUGUAGUUCAGUACUUCUACUUUCUCAUUUGGCGUGCUGUAAAUACAUUCCAUUGUCGUCGAACAAAUGAUCAUCCUGAGCAGCUAUCCACAAACAAUAUGUUACAGAAAUUGCAGAAACUGGGUAGCAAUCUAUGGCUAUAGCACCGUUUCCUACAGCUUGCAGCACCAAUAGUCAGCAAAUUAACAUAGAUACUGUAUAGCACCUGAUACUUCUUAGUUGUAGUUUUAGGGAUGUAUUGCCAUUAGCAGCUAAUCACUGUAAACUGGAUAAAAGCCAUGUUCUUCUUCUUAUAAUUCUUCUUUUCUAUCAGGGUGAUUUUUUGUGCUGUGGGUAUCUUCUAGAUUUUACAUGGGAGGAUACCAUUUUGUAAUUAAUCAAAACAGAAUAAGCUCACAGUUCUAUUCUAGAUUUCUUUUGUAUCUGACAGGAAGAUGAAUAAGUAAAACUGAUUUCAUUCCACAUAAAAACAACACUUUUUUCUCAUUCUACUAAUUUAUUUCUUUUGUGUUACAGUCCAGUGUGUUUUAGAAGGGAUGUAAAGACAUUAGGAGGUUCAAGUAUUACCAUUCCUUAAAGAUUCCCUGUAAAGUUCAAAUUCAGCAAACUGGCAUGGAGAACUCCUCUCCUAUCACCAUUUUUCCUCACCAGGUUAUGUAAUUCCUCAAUCUUCCUCUUUUAUUCAAAGUAAAGUCACGUGGUUACCGAAUGUCUGGUUGCUAAAUGUCUAAGAAAAAGAUCACUUAUUGGGUGAGAAGAAGUCAAUUAACCUCCAAACCAAAAUAAAAACCAGUAUGGCUUUAUCACACACAAGCUGAACCUUUGUAAUUCACCUGAGUUGAACACGAUGGCAUUUCAUAGAGUUAAAUAAUUGAUACAGUGUUUUCAUGCAUUUCUGUUACGUAGCAUUUUACACGCAGGAAGCCCAUCUCUCCAAGUAGUCAGAGACAGAACUUGUGCAUUUAGUUACAUAAUCGACUUCUGCUUCAUGGAAGACCAGAUGUGUGAUAGGGGAGAUGCAUCUGAGUGUUUUGGCAUUGUGUUUUACACGUAUUUUCCAUUAUUUAUGCAGGGGCCAAGUAAAAAUACUCAGAAACAUAGCUAGAAUGCAAAUGUUGCAAUGCCAUUGAAAAAACAGUAUUAAACCUCACCAUAUCUUCCGUGUGGAUUUGCUUUUGAAGAAGUCCAUCCUCAUGUAACUUCCUAUUAAAGUGUUCUUUUGGGUUUGUUUGGACUCUGUUUAAUUAAAAGAUGAUACUGUAUCAGACAGUCAAGCCGCCUUGUCUUGGACGAGCUUCUAAGGGGGCCUGAGUGCUACAAUAGUCAAGUGAAAUAAUCUGUGUGCAUGCUCAUCAGGCAUGUAGACUGAACAACACACUUUCAUCUCCAUAUAGCUCAGAAAAGGGAGAGACUUGAGAAGGAAAUUUAACAGAUUUUUAGGUGUCAAGUUCAGAAAAGCUAUGUCAAAUUAAAUGUGCUUGUCAUAUUGCAUCAGUUUUGACACCAGUGAUACCUGUUGCAAAGGAAGACUCAUGCUCCAUGGCAGAUGGGACUGGAUAAGAACUCUGCACAGAGAGUUGAUAAAAGCACUGUUUCUUGUAGGUGCUUUCAGCAAAGCUGUGAAUGCCCAGAUGAUAACUGACUAUAUGUUCCCCAGAAAUAACAGAACCAUAUAUUUUAAGAAAUAUAUAUGUAUAAUGACACUAUUUUUGGUGGGGGGUAUAUCAGCCUCAAGAACAAAAGUGGGCCCUGCCAUUGUACUUAGCUGUUGCUCUCUGCACUAAAAGCCUUGCCAUAUUCAGAACUAACAGGAGGCAAAAAUGGAGAAAUAAUAUUAUGUGAAAAAUCAAGACUUGACCACUGGAAAGUGUUUUUAGUAGGACUGUAGUAUGAUUUUCAGCCUUCAUUUAACUCUUUUUUUUUUUUCCAAUAAUUUUGAGUUAAAUAUUUGUGCUGUUGAACAUUAUUAUUGUUGGUACUCUUCCCUCUCUUCUCUCCAUAUGACUCAAAAUCAUCAAAAGAGAGGCUUCUUUGGCUGCCUAACUUCUCUUUGAAGAUGUAGCAAAAUGGUAAAUUCUCUUGCAAUGCUGUUAAUGUUCUAUGUGUACCUAGCAAGUUUCACAGACAUAACAGCAUUUAAGUCUCUGAUGUCCAUAUGGGAUUUGCUUUAAUAAAAUCAUAGCUUUGCUUGAAUGUUUGCAAAUACACUCAGUGAUUAUAUAUUUGCUGCCCUUUGAAUUUAAAUCAACUUUGCAUUUAUCAUUCUACAAUAUGUAAAGCAAAAGUAAUGGAAUAUUAAUACGGUUUAGAUGUUUUUUGGUUUUCAGGAAUUAAACUCCUUUGAGUAGUUCUUGAUUAAGUAUCUUAUAAAUGUCUUAAAAGAAUAAGCUAAAUAGAUUCAGGUGCUUUUUUCCCCCCUCCACAUUGUAAUUAUGUGUGUGUGUGUGUGUGUGUGUGUGUGUGUGUUUCUACUGUGUAUCUGAAAGUAUAAUUUUCUCAAAACCAAGAUGUGCUAUGAUUGACUUUGUAAAAGUUACUGUAGUGGGAUGGAGUAUUUAUUUUUAAACUAAAUCCUUAAGGAGACGUUGACUGUAAAUAAAAGACUAUAUUUUCCUCCUCA